AUGCAGGUGUAUGAGGCUUCUGUCCACAUCCCCCUUGAGGAGCGCUCUUGGACUUGCAAAGUUUGUUCUGCUGGGCUUCCCCACAUCAGCAUUAAAGCAAACUUGGAACGGAGCAAAAUGGAACAUUUCAAAGCUCAACACCCCGACUUGGACCCCAAAUCGGCUCAAAGUUUCACUUCCAAGACUGGCAUUAUCAGGACCCUGCGGGAGGCACAGGAGAACAAUUACAAGAGGCUUGCCAAGGUUGCGGAAGCUAAAGGUCACGUCCCGGUUUCCUGUUGGAUCAGCCCCAAACCUGGUGCCCCUGAUGCUCACAAAAUUGUUCUCCCUUUGUGUUCUCGAUGUUUGAUCACGGGUACUCAAUUGAAAUUCAAGCGCGCCCCAUGUGGAACUACUGAGGUGGCUCCUAGCAAAACUAUUACUAUCCUUAGAAAAAUGAUUUUUGAUGAUCCUUCCAAUGCUCUUGCGAUUCAGACUUGUCUUGCUUUUGAUGGGGAGACCUGGAGGAAGACCAACAUCAUUCCUAAAUCUCACCUUGCUGUUGAUCGCAUUGCCGGUUAUAGAAGUGUUUCCUCUGACAAUCAUGUUCUUCCGGGAUAUGAGCAGCUUGGUUUCCCGCGGGGGGAGCAGAAGCUGGCAGACCUCCGACACGGGGGCCACAAUGCUGAGAGAAUUGGUGAGGCCAGUCACCCUGGCCCUGCAAACAUAAUCAAUCAGAUUAGUGUUUACUGUUGCAAUGUCCAGUCUGCCACGGGGGCCUGGGCCUUGCUGGAACAUGGUAGUUGCAAAACUGACGAGUUGCGGAUUUGGUGCUUACAAGAAACCAGGAUGAAAGAUUAUGAGGCUCAAGCAUUUCACAGGGCUGCGCAGCGUCGUGGCUACAAGGUUUACCAACUGGCGGGGAACACCACUUUGGAUAGGUGGGGUCAACCUCGCGCUGCUGGAGGAGUUGCCAUGUUGAUUGAUAACAGGCUUUCAUGUCGCAAUCCUUUGUACAAACUGGGUUCCUGCAGUCAAACGCUUGGCAUUUGGGUUGAGGAUUGGUUUGUUUGCACUUUCUAUGCGCCCCCUGACCGAUCCAAUCGACGGGACAAUGCCCAAACCGAGGUUGCUGAACAGAUUACAGAAAUCUUGCAUGAGAGUCAGGCUCAAAGGUGGCUCUUCUGUGGUGAUGCCAAUGAAAUUCCAGGUGACAGUACGAUUGAGGCGGCCUUAGUUGCGCAAGGGGGCACCACAUUGCAAAUCAACCGUGGUACUAGGUGGCAAUCUGACCGAGAAAUUGACUGGUUCAACUGUAAUGAUCAUAGUCUUUGCUUGCAACCUCAGUGCGUUGAAUUGCAUGUUUCUGACCAUGUCCCACUGUGCCUUCAGAUUCCUGUCAGGGACGUUAAUUUGCAAAUUCAAGCCCUUCAAAUGGGUCCUAACUGGGCUAAACCGGCGGGGUUGGACCAAGAAACUUGGAGAGAGCAUGUUGAGAAGGUCUGGGAAAACAUGUCCGACGAUGUUUCGGCUUUUAAGAACUCUCUGACUAGAGUCUCUGCUGAUGUGGUGGAUGUUGAUGCGGACUGGGAUAGGUUCAUGGUCCUUUUGGACACUCUCAUGAGACAAUCUUUCUCUGAUAUCGCUGCUAAUAACAACCACCCUGUGAUUCAAGCUGAAGCUGGCAAAAGGCUCAAACAAAAGCAAAUCAAAGGGCGCAUGCCCUCCUUGAAAACUCGACAGCGUCGACGUUGUCAUCCUCAGCUGGCUCAAGGGGAUAUGCAGGUCGCUAAGCUUCGCCGUAAAGUUGCCCGGCUGUUUGAACUUCAGCGUUGUUUGCAGAAGAGCAUCAAUGAACCAGAAAUCAGUGUGCGGCGGCGUUUUCAGAACACUGCCAAAGAUUUGAUCAAAAAACUGCGCUUGGGAUCAGAAGGAUGGAGUCUGCGCCAUGUCUGGUAUCAACUCAAUGAUGCCAGACCUGCUCUUGCUGAGCUUGAAAAGUCAGUCCGAGAAAGACGGCUGGCUCAGUGGCGUGAACGCAGCGAAAAUGAUAUUAAGUAUGCUUCCAAAUGGUUGAAAAGUCGAAAUAAACCGCAGAAUGUUCACAUCAGCGUGCAAGGAGCCCCUGAACCAGAUCCUAACAAAGCAGUGCAGCAUCUACGAAAUUUCUGGACUGGCUUCUGGAAAGAAAGUGAUGACUCAUCACCUGAUGACACUGCUAUCAUCCAGCAACUUCUUCAAGAUACUCCUCUCCGGGAGGCCAGCACUUGGGAACCCCCUACUGCCAUUAUGGUCAAGGCCCAGGCUACGAAUAGCCGCGGUUCUGCAGGUGCCGAUGGAUGGACUGGCGAGGAACUUGGCUCUUUGCCUCUUGGGGUCUGGGAAUUGUUUACGGUUUUGAGUGCGAGCUGGCUUCGACAAGGGUCGGUGCCCACUAUCCUUCUACAAGCUAGAGCUGUUUUCUUGCCUAAGCCUAACAAAGUUGCGAAGGGUCUUUGUGGACUUGCAGAUGUUCGCCCUAUCACCGUGCUAUCUGCUUGGUGGCGGAUAUGGCUCAGCGCAUGGCUUCAAACAAGUCACAUGACUGUUUGGAUCUCGGAAGUUUUGGAUGAAUCUGUUGUUUACGGCAAGCAAUCGGAUGCCCAAACCAGUGCUGCGGGAAUUUUGGAUGCCUAUGGUAGACAUGGCUAUUUGGCUUCCCUGGAUUUUACGAAAUGCUUUGACCUCUUGAGGCCCAGUGCUUGCUGUGCCCUCCUCAAACAAAAUGGUUUCUGUCAUUUGAUGAGCGAUCUGUGUAGUCACUUUUGGACAAAGCAUGUCCGUUGGUGCACUUGGCAACAAGUGACGGAUCACACCACUUUGUGUUCCGGGCAGAUGGCGGUUCCUCAGGGUGAUCCGUGGGGACCCCUGAUGAUUGCAUUGUAUCUCAGUGCUGGCCAGAGAUACAUUCGACAAAGGCUUCCGCAUGUGGCUGGUGCUGCUAGCAACUACAUGGAUGAUCGCUCCUUUACUAGCACCACUGCUAUUGGCCUGGUGGAAACUAUUCAAGGAUGGGCUGAAUGGUCUGCUCAAGUCGGCCUUCGUGAAAGUGAAAAGGGUCAAUGCACGGCCAGAUCACUCAAAAACAAAGAGGCCCUUCAAGCGUGUUUGCACAACCAAAGUAUGUUUGUCCAGGAAGCUACGUUCCUUGGGGUGUCCACCCGUGGGGCACCUCGGAGAAAUAGCGACAAAGAGAAUGCUCGCGUGGCUGAUGCUUGCAAUCAGUACAAACUCCUUGCUACUCUUCGGCUGUCGGCUGAGAGGUAUGCUUUCUACUCCCGGUAUUUUGCCAUCAGUAAGGUCACAUAUGGCUGGCUUGGUCGCUCCCCCACUCAAGGGCUUUGCACAAAGCUGUGGAAUGCUUUGAAGGCUGGACAACGUGUCGCUGCGACCAAUGCUGGUUGCAGAACAGUGUCAGUUGGGGCCAGUGUGAGUCCUGCUUGGAGGGGCGAAUUGUGUCCCUUUUGUCACAACACCCUUGGUUCCUGGCAACAUCUUGCCUGGCACUGUCCUGCCAGUCCGGUUGCUGAUCUAAGGCCACACCCAAUGCCCAUCAAGGCUAUCUCUUGGAGAUUUGGAUGGGACAACAAUCCUGAAAUUCUUAGGUACUUAGGUUGCGUGCAGCACGCGUUGUGGGACGCGCUGUACAGAACAAAUGGUGCCGCCGCUGAUGAUGUGGAGGUGGCAAGUGAUGGCGCUCGCGCUGAUGAUGCUGCCGCUGAUGGAGCGGCAAGCGCUGGCGCUGCUGCUGGUGCUGCUGCUGUUGGAGCGGCAAGCGCUGGCGCUGCAGCUGGUGAUUAG